CAUUCUGAACUGCACCAUCUCAUGAUCACUGCAGUCAGGGCUGCACCCGACAUUCGCAUCCCCAACCGGUUCUUGCUUGUUUAUAAAACCCCUUGUGAAGCCAACACAUUCUUUUGCCACAGUAAUAUGUGUAUUAAUAAUACAUUGGUCUGCAAUGGACUCCAGAAUUGUGUGUAUCCUUGGGAUGAAAACCACUGCAAAGAAAAAAGAAAAGCUAACCUAUUGGACCAACUUACCAAUACCAGUGGGACUAUAAUUGGGGUGACUUCUUGCAUUGUGAUCAUCCUCAUUGUUAUCUCUGUUAUAGUACAGAUCAAGCAGCCUCGUAAAAAAUUUGUCCAAAGGAAAACAGACUUUGAUCAAACAGUGUUCCAGGAGGUGUUUGAGCCUCCUCAUUAUGAGUUGUGCACCCUCAGAGGGACAGGGCCUACAGCUGACCUUGCUGAUGUUGCAGAUGACUUUGAAAAUUACCAUAAACUGCGGAGAUCAUCUUCAAAAUGCAUUCAUGACCAUCACUGUGGAUCACAAGUGUCUAGCAUUAAGGGCAGCCGUAGUAACCUCAGCACAAGAGAUGCUUCUGUCUUGACAGAAAUACAACCCCAGCCUGUAAAACCACUCAUUCAGCCCAUGAACAGGAGAAAUAUCCUUGUCAUGAAGCAUAGCUACUCACAAGAUGCUGCAGAUGCGUGUGAGAUAGACGAAAUUGAAGAGGUACCAACCACAAGUCACAGGCUGUCCAGACAUGAUAAAGCUGUUCAGCGGUUCUGCCUCAUUGGGUCUCUAAGCAAACAUGAGUCUGAGUACAACACAACUAGGGUCUAAGAGACAAACUCAAGACUGCUUGAGAAUAGUGCGCUCCUGGGUGAUUUUGAACAUGCUACAAUGAAAUGUGAAACUAUCGUCCUUGGAAACACCAGCUAGAGGUUUUAUGGACUGACCAGCUAAUCUCAUAUCAUGACAAAAUUCAGCAAACAGUGUUGAGUAAAAUUACUAGAAGGCAAUAAGACUUUGGUUAUUAUGCUUAUUGGUCAUUUAUCUUUUCCUUUUUCUCUCUUCUUUUCGUUGCAAGUUAAAUUCCCAAUUAUUUCAGGAACAAUUUAUUGAAAUCAGGUAUUUAGCCAUUCAUAAUCACUUCAAUAGAAAUGUUUGUUGGAUAAGCAUCUAGCAAUAUGACUGAAUUUGACAUUGAGAAAAUAAUCUGCAUGUAUGUUACUGAAUAUUUGAGUUGGCAAAUAUCCCUUUAUUAGAUACAUUGUAAAAAGCAUGCAUUCACAAAUAUUGCUGUUACUGUUCCAUUUCUGUGUCAUAUGCUUGCUACCUGUAACUUUUUAUAUAAAGAUACAUAAAACAAUGGAUAAUAA